UUCUAAGUGUGUUUCAUCAGAAAAAUGCACAGAUCUUAAACAGUAGCAAAGUUAUAUUGAAACUCACAUAAAAAAAUUCUGACUACAAACAUUUUACUAGACAAGCAAAUCAAAUUGUAGUCAUGCAUAGGCAAAACUGCUUUCUCCGCGCAGAUUCAAAGGAAAGUGUAGGGGCAGACAUAGUAUUGCUAAAUCGGCUGACUAAAUUCGUAAAGUUAACAGUUAACAGACCAAUUAAGGAGCACGGAAUAAGCUGCAAAGGCCUGAAAGAAGAAAUACAAACAAUGCUGGAGGACGAAUAGAUAAUACAUAUAUGAGGAUUCUUGAAGAUGUGCUAUUUAUGAGAAAACAACUUAAUUUCCUUCAAAUUUUAAACUAAAUAUCGGGUUUAGGAAACUUAAGGAGAAUUCUGAGGUUUAGGAACUCAUUUCUUUCAGAAUUGUGUGAAAUUCACAGAGAAUUUUUCUGCCUUCAACAAGAUUUACUGAUAAAUUUUAAUAUUUUAUCAUCUAUGAAGGAAACUUAAGUUGCAUUCUGCCGCUAGCAAUUAUGAAUUUUUCUUAAGCUCGGAAAAACAGGAAGAUAGAGACAUGGCAACUCUGCCUGUAGAUGUUGAAAAGAUGAAAGCUUCUGUGAAGUCCAUAGUAUAUCUGCACAUGAACAUCUGUCCUAAGUUAACUGGUACAUGUAGUUGGUGGGAGGUGGCAGGUAUCCCGUGGAAUUAGUCGAAGUCUACGAAAGCUGGCCCGGACACCGCGGUUAUUAAAUAAAGAGAUAACUGUCUAGUUAAUCAGAAAAAAAUAAAUUCAGAGUUGGUUCAACCAAACCUGAUGUCCAAGUGGAUUUGGUGUUCUGCAACAAAACAAGAAAAAACAGGCAUAUUUAUCACUACUUACCAAAACCACCUUAUCAGCUCCACUUUUUAUUAGGAUGUAAUAAAGCUAUAUAUAACCAUUGAGGCUCCAGUCUUUCCUCAUCAAUUAACCAUCUACUCAACUUCAUUUGCCUUCUAUAUCUCACUCUAGCACCGUUUUCAAGAAAAGAUGGCGACAGUUUCCCAACUCACCUCGAAAACACUCCAAGCCACGUUGUGCAUUUUUCUGCUAGUCCUCACCUUUGACUGUGCCAGUUCAGCAAGAAUCCUUGAUGAAGUGAGCCAAGUGGCAGAUGCGUCAUCAGAAAUAGAUGAGCCUGUUGUGGCUCCUGUGGUUGCCCCAGCUACCACAUUGCCGAGUAACCAAUUACCAGCUACUGUCACCGCUCCUGAUUCUGAUGUGGCACCAGUAGCUGAUCCUUCCAUCCCUGCAGACACAGUGGCUCCUCCAGCAGAUUUACCAGCUGACCCUGAACCAGAUUCAGUCCCUGUCAUCGCCCCUGCUGCAUCAGCGACUCCUCCUGCUGACUUAACAGAUAAUGGAGCAGCCCCUGUCGCUGAUGCAGCACCAGUAACUACCCCUGUCACCAAAACACCAGGAGAGGACACUGCAGCCCCAGGUGGGACCACAUCAGCUGCUACCUCAGGCGCCAAAGUAGAAAGUCCCAUCCUUGAGCACCCCACGUUCUCCUUUUUCAUGCAUGACAUCCUUGGUGGUUCGCUUCCUUCAGGAAGAGUGGUCACUGGAAUUGUAGCCACUUCCGAUGCCAACAAUCUGCCUUUCUCCAAGCUCAACAAUCAAAUCUUCCCAAUCAAUGGAGGAGUUUCUUUGAACAACAUUAACAACAUCGUCAAUAACAACAAUUAUCCAUUCCUUGCAGGCCUUAACGGUCAGCAACAAGCUAACACUGUCCUGCAAAACAGUGGAAACAACGAUGUAGUUAGUGGUGAUAACAACCAACCUUUUGUAACAGCCGGACAGCUUCCUUCUGGAUUAUCGCUUCAGCAGCUCAUGUUUGGCUCUAUUACUGUCGUUGACAAUGAAUUAACAGAGGGGCAUGAGCUGGGAUCAGCUGUUCUUGGGAGGGCACAAGGAUUUUACCUGACAAGCUCUUCAGAUGGCACCAGCCACACUUUAGCCUUGACAACACUUUUCCACGGAGAACAUAAUCACGAAGUUGAUGAUACUAUUAGUUUCUUCGGAAUUCACAGGACAGCCACACCAAUUUCUCACAUUGCCAUCAUAGGAGGGACUGGCAAGUAUGAGAAUGCUAAAGGAUUUGCCACCAUUGAAACUCUUCCUCACGUGGACCAACAUACAACUGAUGGACUGGAGACAAUUACCCACUUUACUGUCUACAUCACCCCUUAAACAGCAUGCCCCCUAGAUAUUAAUUCAACAUGUUUGCUAUAUUUCUGAAUCUUUAUAUUUCGUACUUUGAAGCAUGUAAUUGAAUGGUUAAAUGUACUGGUGAUAUUAUGAUCUA